AUGAAAACCAACCUACUUUCCUCACUUAUUACAAACAAAAAACGCAAGAUCAUUGUGUCCACACCAAGAAAAAACUAUGAUCAAUUUGGUAGCAGUCUACAAAUCAUCAGUCAAAGAGCAUUUGAAGCGGCUGUUUACAAGCUAUCCACACCUGUUAAAUCUCCAGUACGUCUUUCAUUGGCUGCGACAACACCUCCACCCAACAAUGAUCAAGAUGGGAGUAGCUUACAAAUCAUUGAUCGUAGUAUCUUUGAAGCGGCAGGAACAAAAAAAUCCCCAAAACUACUAAAGCUUCUUAUUCGAGAUGAAGAACAGAUUUUAAAAGAUCUUUCAUCUCCUCAUGUUAUAACUUUCUAUGGUAGCAAUAUCACACCAGCUGAAACUCGACCCCUAGGGAGUGACUACAACUUGAUCCUUGAGUAUUGUUCUGGUGGCAGUAUCUCAGAUUUUCUCAAGUUCAGAGGAGUAGGGAUGGCGGAGUCCGAUGUUCAGCUAUUUUCUCUACACAUCCUCAAAGGUAUCAACUAUGUACAGUCAAAGAAAAUCAUCCACUGUGAUAUAAAACCGGCUAAUAUCUUCCUAAACCGAAAAACUUCAGAUGAGUAUGGAGAUGGUUGUGGAUUUGCAAGAGGGACACUAUUGUACAUGUCUCCUGAGCUUUUAUUGAAUGGAAAUUUGGAUUAUUCUGUCGAUAUAUGGGCGUAUGGAUGCACUCUUUUGCAAAUGUUUACUGGGAAAAAGCCUUGGAGUGAGCUUGGCCACGUCGACAUGAAGAAACUGAAAAAUGUUUUUGGCAACAUCAAUGUCUUACCUGAGAUACCCAUGUGGUUAUCUGAUGAUGCAAGAGACUUUUUAGGAAAAUGCUUGGAAAAAUAUCCUCAAGAAAGCAGCAGCCAAGCAAGCAAGCAAGAGGUGCAGGACUCUUGUUCUCCCGUUGAUCUCACUGCCGUUCUAGAGUAUCUCGCCAGCCACUGA